AUGUUUCUUUUAAAGGGGUCCGACAAUCGUAUUAUAGAUGUAACGUAUUACAACAAGAAUGCACCUUAUUCUAUAUUUUGUAAUCUUGACACUCGGAUUAUGGACAACUAUCUUAUUGAGAUUAUUUCAAGAAAAGACUAUAUAUCACUUUCCAUUGCUGCUGCUGCUGUUGGACUGGCAGCAAAAUAUUCUUACAAUAUCUAUUCAAACUCGCGUCAAAAUUACAUUAACAAAGAUGGUUUCAAAAAUAUCCCUUCUCCACCGGGAAGCUAUCCUUAUAUUGGUACAAACCCUUCUAAAAGUCACAUGCUAACAUUGAAUAUAUGUCCGGGAGAACAAGUCAAAAGAUGGCACGAAGAGCUAGGUAUUUGA